AUGCAAGCGCAUACUUCAGAUAAUGAUGAUAACAUUUCCAUUUUAUUGGAGGUGGAAGUGCUGGUGUCCCACUGGAACCUCUAUAUCAACCUGGGAGGCUUCUUCGUCGGUCUCUUCUCCGUGACUCUCUUCGGACCAUGGAGCGACAGCGUGGGCCGCCGUCCGGCACUCAUCCUGCCAGCAGUGGGUAUGGCCAUGCAAGCGGCCAUCUAUCUUCUCGUUAUGUACCUGCAGCUGCACGUUGCCUACUUUCUCCUUGGACGCAUUUUGAGCGGCCUCAUGGGAGACUACAACCUGAUCCUGGCCAGCUGCUUCGCCUACGUGGCUGACACCAGCAACAAACACACACGUACAUUUCGUGUUGCUGUCCUCGAGGCGUGCCUCGGCAUCGCGGGCAUGCUGGCCAGCAUCGGCGGCGGCCAGUGGCGCAAGGCUCAAGGGUAUAUCAACCCCUUUUGGCUUGUGCUUGCUGCCAGUCUUGCUGCUGCUCUCUACGCUGCUUUCUGUCUUCAGGAAUCGGUGAAGCAGCAGAAACCAGCCAAGCUGUUCACGCUCAGUCAUUACAAGGCUGUCUACAGGCUGUACACGGCCCCAGAACACUUGAGCUCCAGGUGGAAGCUCGCUCUUUACUCCCUGGCUUUCUUUCUUCUUGUCACGGUACAUUUUGGAACCAAGGACAUCUUUGUUUUGUAUGAACUUGGCUCCCCUCUCUGCUGGGCUGCUGAUCUCAUUGGGUACGGCUCAGCCGCCAGUUACCUGGCUUACCUAAGCAGCCUGGGAGGGCUGCGGCUGCUGCAGCUCUGCCUUGAAGACACCUGGGUGGCAGAGAUAGGAUUGAUCUCCAAUAUUUCUGGACUGGUUGUGAUUUCUCUUGCUACUACAACACCACUGAUGUUUACAGGUUAUGGGACUCUGUUCCUCUCCAUGGCAGCCACUCCAGUCAUCAGAGCCAAGCUCUCCAAGCUGGUCAGCGAGACGGAACAGGGUGCUCUUUUUGCUUCUGUUGCCUGUGUGGAAGGGCUGUGUUCGCUUGUGGCUACAGGAGUGUUCAACUCUCUCUACCCUGCCAGCUUGCACUUCAUGAGGGGAUUCCCGUUUCUUUUCGGGGCUAUAAUUCUUCUUAUUCCAGCAGCUAUUAUUGGGUGGAUAGAAAUCUGGGAGUCAAACCAUGUCUACAGUCACUUCUCAGACACUUCCCUGUCCCCUGCAGAUGGCUGAGCAGCAACUUAGCAACAAGGAAUUGGCCCGCUUGGCGGUGUCCAUCUGAAGACUGCUCUUUAUUCUUCCCUUGAAGGACAGAUUAGUGUGGGAGGGACACCUUGCUUGUCCUUACCAAUUUUUAAAUGCCAAAUAGUUGGAAAUCAUGGCUCUGACUGCCGGUAGGAACUUGAUUUGCAGAUGUGAAUGCCUCCUUGGUCAGAGAAAACCCAAGAGACUCAAAAGCCAAUCAAGGGUAAAAGCUGUUAUUGGCCAUUUGCAAGGCCAGUUAGUGGUUUGGGGUUUGGUGGGAAGGGAGGGUUCUGUGGCUUGCUUUUAGAGGACUGAAUUCUGCUUUAAUUGCCAAACAUGUUCCCCUCUGAGUACUAAAGUGUGCAGCAGAUGAGCUGUUGGUGUGUGUGAGGCCCAGACCAAAGCCUGCAGAGCGAGACUGAAGCAGAGGUACCCAACAGCGUGCUGCUGAGGAGAAAGAUCUGCGCUCCAAAUCAGUGUGUUGUCAAUAAAAGUCGUACAAACAUCGUAUGCCAGACUAGGCUCCUGCAGAAAUCCUUAUGAUGAGUAGUAGUUUACCACAGGAGUGCUAUUGCCGUCCUUAUUGACUAAACUAGCUUUAGCUUCGCAAGUUAGAGGUGUCCGAGGGAGAGAAUCUGAUGUAUGAAGUGCUUGUAGCGAGGAGUGCCAGUGGCAUGCCCUGCCUGUCUGUCUGCAGCUCAGCCCAGGAUUUCAGUGGUACUUUUAGGAAGUAAUCGCUCGUGUGAGAAUACCAAGGUGCAAGUAGGUGCCUUAAUUGACAGUUGCCCAAACUGAUGAAUUUAAGGCUAAAAUUGACAAAAUUGGGCCUCCCUAACUGAAGACCCUUACGUUAGAAAUUUGAGGCCCCAACUGUGAUAAGCGUGCCCUAGCAUCAUGUGAAGUCACUGCUGUGCUUAUGGCAAAGCCAGAAGCAGUCCUUCCUCAUCAAUACACAGCGCUGUUGGGUUGAGCUGGUGUGGGGACAGGACUAGUGUCUUUGGAGAUAAAAUUAUGCCCCAAAAUUUUGUGUCGGUGACGUCACUUCUGCUGCCUUUCUCAGGAUUUGUUGAUGCCAGCAAGCAAACAGCGUGUUCGUGGUACUCAUAAUUGUUCUUUUCAAAGCAUUAACUGUAUUGCCUCAAUCCUAUUUUCUUCAAACUGCCAUAAACCAGCAGUUCUGUGUACAUUGCAUUGCACACACUGUUCAGAUGCAUGCAAUAAUGUCCUUAACUGAGAAAUUGCUUAGCAGACAUAUUACUUUCAGAGUGAAUAAAACCUCCAUUCUCUUUUAUGGUUCAUAAAAAGCUAGCUUU